CGGCGGCGGCGGGGCCCGGAUGGGCGCCCGGGCCGGCGGCGGCGGCGCCCAUGGACGCUAACCGCCCGGGCGCGUUCGUGCUGAGCAGCGCGCCGCUGGCAGCGCUGCACAACAUGGCCGAGAUGAAGACGUCGCUGUUCCCGUACGCGCUUCAGGGCCCGGCCGGCUUCAAGGCGCCCGCGCUGGGCAGCCUGAGUGCGCAGCUGCCGCUGGGCACCCCGCACGGCAUCAGCGACAUCCUGGGGCGGCCCGUGGGCACGGCGGGCGGCAGCCUCCUGGGCGGCCUGCCCCGUCUCAACGGGCUCGCCUCGUCGGCCGGCGUCUACUUCGGGCCCGCGGCCGCCGUGGCGCGCGGCUAUCCCAAGCCGCUGGCCGAGCUGCCCGGGCGCCCGCCCAUCUUCUGGCCCGGCGUGGUGCAGGGCUCGCCCUGGAGGGACCCGCGCCUGGCCGGCCCGGCCCAGGCCGGCGGGGUCCUGGACAAGGACGGCAAGAAGAAGCACUCGCGACCGACCUUCUCAGGGCAGCAGAUUUUCGCGCUGGAGAAGACUUUCGAGCAGACCAAGUACCUGGCGGGUCCGGAGCGCGCCCGCCUCGCCUACUCUCUGGGCAUGACUGAGAGCCAGGUCAAGGUGUGGUUCCAGAACCGCCGGACCAAGUGGCGCAAGCGGCACGCGGCGGAGAUGGCGUCGGCCAAGAAGAAGCAGGACUCGGACGCCGAGAAGCUGAAGGUGGGCGGCUCGGACGCGGAGGACGACGACGAGUACAACCGGCCCCUGGACCCCAACUCGGACGACGAGAAGAUCACGCGGCUGCUCAAGAAGCACAAACCCUCGAACUUGGCGCUGGUCAGCCCGUGCGGCGGCGGCGCGGGGGACGCCUCCUGAGGACGCGGCGGCGAGGCCGGACAACCAGGGUACGGGCCGCGGGCCGGCGCCCCGCCAGCCGCCCGCGCCGGAGUGUGUAUAUAUAUUUUUACAGCAGAAUAAGUUAUAAAGCGGCCCGGCUCGGGAUGGGCGAGCGAGUCCCCGGCCGCCCCCGCGUCCCUGUCCCGGGCUCUUGGCGUGGGCGCAGCACCGGGUUCGCCGCUGCCGAGCGUCCUGGGCGGAAUCACUUUGUAUAAUCAAUAAAUUAUUUAACACGUCCCCGUCGGAGCUGGGGCUCCCGAGGCUGCACCGCGUGUUUCUUCCUCAUCGAACACCGCGGGCGAGGCGCCCUGCGCGGCGGCGCCGCCGCCCGCAGCCCCUGCUCGGCCCUCUGUCCCAGGUCCCCGGUCGGGUCGUCUAUCCCGCGGGCUCCGCGCCCUCGGCCGGAGGCGGUCCUGGGCCUGGAGCGGGUCCUGCUCCGUAGCGGAGCUCGAUGGAGCCCUGGGCCGCGCAGGCGGCCGCAGCGCGCAGGACCGAGGGCAUCGCGAGGCCGGCCUGGAGCAGGCAAGGGCCCCCGGGCCCUGGGAACCCUCCAGCGGCUGCCUGAGGGAAGGGGGCCACCCUGCGCGAGAGCCGAGAAGAGCCAGGACUCAGCGAGGUGGAGCGGAGCCCCGGGCGCCAGGACAGAACGGGGCGCUGGGUGCAAGUCGGCGGCGGCUCCUCCGGUGCAGGCGGUGCAGGCAGCUCGGGCUGGAGGCAGCAGAAACGCUGAAGGGCGAAUCCCAGUCGUUACCGCUGCAGUACCAAGUCCGAAGGCAGCCUGGCCCCGUGGCUCAGUCCUGUGACAACAUCCGACCCGCCAGAGCCCAGGACUGCUGAUGAGCGCGGCUGGAGUCACGGGGACCCAGGAGGAGGCGGCGCAAAGCAAACAGGAGUUUUUCACCACGGUCAAUUUUAUUGCUUAGGAACCGGAGCGGUCAUUUCCAAAGGCCUGCACAGUGACCAACCGCUGAAACCCCGCUACACAGAAUCACCGUGGGGGCAGAACGGCCGUGCGGCCCGUGGACAGAGCAGAGUGACCACAGCAUGACACAGACCCCGACCGUAUCAUCAAGGACACAGGUUCGGCAAGCGGACACCAGGUCGCUUGCAACAGUAGUGAUUUAUCUAAAAACAAGCUUCUCCCCAGCGCCUUCCCCCAGCCCGGAGUUCUGUAGUGUUCUAAAGCAGAUCAAUAAAACGUACGCUUGUGUUUCA